AUGAGGGCAACCCCAGUAUCAUCGUUGACCCUCAGUGUCCUUCUCGCCUUGGCAACAAUCCUCUUGCCCCUCGGUCUCGUUCACGCGCAACAGCAACAGCAACAGCAGGAAGACCCAUCCGCCCUUGCUAGCAUCCUUACAAGUGACGACAGCACUGCUAACCACCACGAGCUGGGGUUUGAUAUCCGUCGCCGUCGAUACCUUUAUCGGACAAUUGAACACUUUUAUGCCCCUAUUGUCGAAAACAACAUUCAGCAGAACAGCAAUUGGAGACUGAGGAGGAGGAGGAUACAGAGGCGGGAUCUGUUGAACGAGGUCCUCGGGGACGCUGUACCCACACCCAGCAAAGACGGUUCUGGAUCUAAUGAGGUCCAUCCAAGGACAACAGGAGGCACAACGACAGGGGUGACCACCACCUCUGAUGCACUCCCCCCUCCUUCCUCUGUCUCCGUCCCCAAUACGACGACUCCUCCCUCAACCGGGGAAUCGUCGGGAAUCACAGCGACAGAGACGGACAGUGGUUCUGGUACCAGUACGGGUACUGGUACUUCUGUUAUCAUUCCUCCUACUGACACUACCAUCCCGUCGUCGUCAGAACCACCCUCUACACCCGAUCCUACUUCGGGCACUAGUGCCACCACCAAUACCUUCACCUCCACCGACAAACAACAACCUCCUACUCCAACUUCCCCCGUGUCGCCAACGGGUGAUACAGGAGUAGCAACAACACCACCAACUACGGAGCCUACAGCUCCACCUACAACUACGGAUCCCACAACACCUCCACCAGUGACCACGGACCCAACUACACCCCCUCCCAUCACUACAGAUCCAACAUCACCUCCUCCAGUUACAACUGACCCUACGACGCCUCCACCAGUGACCACAGAUCCUACCACACCUCCCGUCACUACGGAUCCAACUACACCUCCUCCAGUCACUACUGACCCACCCGUCACUACCCCUGACCCUGAACCAACCACGAAAUCCAGGACAAAGACAACUACUACCAGCAGCAGUAGUCGAGGUGGACAUACGAACCCACCAUCACCUGUCACAACUACUUCGGAUGGUGUUGUCAAACCCUCGGAUACAGCUUCUUCAGGAUCUAUGAGCUCAAGCAAUAAGACAGCUAUCACAAUUGGAGUUGCUAUUGGCGCUAUUGUCGUUGCUGGAGGUAUUGGUGUCUGGGUCUUCCGCAAAUGGAAACUCUCCCCAUCGAGACAGUUCAAGAGCAAGAUCAGGAGCUCAACAGCGGGAGGCAUGGUAGGCGGCGCUGGAGCAGGAGGAGCAGUCAUCGGAGGAGACGACGACUAUGACGCAUACACCGACAUCUUCCGCCCACAGCCACACGACUCUGCAGUCGGAGGCCCCGCAAUGGCCACUUCUAUGGCUCCCGCCUCCGUCGCUGGGUCCUCACCCACUCACCACCAACAGGCCCUCCCACAAACACAAUCGCAGUAUGAGCUUGGGAUGUACGAGCAACAGCAGCAAGCACAGGGAAAGGGGCAGGGACAUAGUCCGAACCACCAACACAUGAGCAUGUCCAGCGCUGCCACCGCCUCGAUGACCGUACCGGACUAUAGCCAGUACCGGUAUGCUGCCGGUUAUGAAUCUGGGAUCCCAGAGCAGAUCCUGGGGAAUGGUGGCGGAUAUCUACCGGCAGGGGGGUAUCAGGAGCGGAAUGAGGUGCCGUAUUCGAUGUUUGAGAGCCACCAGCCAUAUCACCCGGAGGGACCUGCGUCUUCGAAUGGGCGGUCUACUGGUCAGUUCUUGAGGGAGCUGCGCGAGUAG